UCGCGUCGCGUCAUUUGCGACUUGCUUCCAGUGUUUAUAUUUUUAAAUAAGCGAUUGUUCAUAUCCAUCGUUAGUUAGCGAAAGUUUUAUAUAAAUUUGUCAUCACAAACUAAUUCAAGUCUAGACGACCACAAAUGCAUUAUUAGAUCUAUAGAGAUGUAGCUUGUAACACUUUUUAACGUGAUACGUAAUGAUUAAUUUUGUAUUUUUUUCAUUUCAUGACGUUCUUCCCUCGGCGCGCUUUUAUCCUUAAAACAGCAUUAGUGCUGCUAGCAUUUGCCGGUUCCAUUGGAAUGACAUUUGUCAUUCUUGGUUGUGCACUACCGAUAUACAAAGUAUGGUGGCCAUUUUUUGUUGUACUGUUCUACAUAUUGGCACCUAUUCCGACGAUAAUAGCACGCCGCUACACAGAUGAUUCGGGAAGCAACAGUAAUCCAUGUUUAGAAUUGGCAAUAUUUAUUACAAUGGGAUUUGUGGUAUCCUCCUUUGCUCUUCCAAUUGUGUUGGCGCGGUCUCCAGCAGGCCAGCCAGUAAUACAAUGGGGCGCUUGCUACCUGACAUUAGCAGGUAAUAUUGUUGUGUAUUCCACUCUAGUCGGAUUUUUCAUAACCUUUGAUCAAGAUGAUCCUGAUUACAACAUGUGGUGAGGUACUACUGCAUCGUACUUAUUCAUCAUGAUAAAAAUGUUUUUUAUGAGAUUAAGAGGAAAAAAAAUAUCAAUCAUGCAGUGCACUGACUGAAAGCUACAUGUUGAUUCUAAAUUAUACUAUGGAACUUAUAUUGUACACAGUUUACAUAAUAUAAACCUUAAUAUGGAUAUUCUGUCCUAUAUCGAUGCUGACAAAAGAAAAUAGUAUAGUGCACUAACGAUAGAACGGAUGUCGGAGAAACUACGAUAUGACGGUAUAUUGGAUUCCACGCGUGUUACAGAACAGCAGGGAAAAAAAAUACAUUUGAUGUUUUAGAUUUUUCGUAUGGGACUAUUCAGGAUAAACCUGAAACGCAACAAUGCAAGGAUAAUGUUGAAAAUAUUUUUUAUUUAAUCUAAGUCUUUCGUAAUAAUAAUGGUAAUAAAGUUACGAUUUAUUACUUCA